CUGACUAACUAACUGUCUGUGAGAUAAGAGUUCUAGCACACCAUUGAGCACUGCUGAAAAGCAAAGGCGCUAUCGUGCCAGGCGUGAUGCUGAUGAUCAGAGGAGACAGGAGUACUUGGUUAACAAGAACAUCCAAUUUGGAGGGCCUGACAGAGGCGAUCACAUGUGACACCAAGAACCAGAAAUGCAUGUAUGGUGAAUGUGAGCAAUGCAAACUGUCUCUUUCAACACCUCCUCACCCUGGUUCACACCCACACUCCGCAAAAUGAAACAGACUGGCCGCAAACUUGAACGUCUCGCCAAAAAAAAAUCCCUUACAGUCCACCAAGAAGCCUACAAACUCCACCUCACCGCCUACAAAGAUUCCCUUACCGCUGCCAAGUCUGUUUACCUCUCGACCAUCUUCAAUGACCCCUCCCGGAACUCCAGAACCCUCUUCUCCACAGUCAAAAACCUCCUCCAGCCCCAUGCCAACAGCUUCACUACAUCUACUCCUGCUUUAUGCGACUCAUUCCUCCAGUUUUUCACAGACAAAAUCAACAACAUUAAUAGCACACUAUCCCCUGUACCCCACCCAGAAGCACCUACCCCAGCUUCCACCACUGUACCUCUUUCCCCAAUCUCCCUGGACCUCCUAAUCCCCCCUCACCUCUGCCGCCUCUCCCAGUUCAACCUGGUUACCCCUCCUGAGCUCCUCCAACUGAUCAGCUCCUCCAAACCCAUAACCUGCUCCCUUGACCCUCUUCCAACUCCACUACUGAAGUCCUGCCUCCCUGUCCUCUGCCCCUACCUCACUCACCUCUUCAACUCCUCGCUGUCCCAUGGAACCGUCCCAUCUGCCUUCAAAACAGCGGCGAUCACCCCAAUCCUCAAAAAAACCCGCACAGAAAUGGCAUUACUCAAGGUCCUCAACGACCUCCUCACCUCUGCUGAUACCGGUUCACUCAACAUCCUAAUCCUUCUUGACCUGAGUGCAGCCUUUGAUACCAGCAAUUGA